AUGGCUGAAGUAUUAUUUAAAGUCAUUAUUAUCGGUGACCCUACUGUGGGGAAAACAUCCUUUGUCCAGAGAUAUGUGAAUAAUUCCUACAGAAAAGACUAUAAAAUGACAAUUGGAGUUGAUUUUGCUCUGAAAGUGAUAAAAUGGUCUGAUAACAGAAACAUAAAGUUACAACUGUGGGAUAUAGCAGGUCAAGAAAGGUUUACGUCAAUGACUAGAGUUUACUAUAAAGAUGCUCACGCCUGUAUCAUCAUGUUCGAUCUCACUCAACGCUCCACAUUUCAGAGCGCCAUUAAAUGGAAGAAAGAUUUAGAUACCAAAUGUUCCUUACUAGAUGGCAGUGCGGUACCUUGUUUAUUAUUAGCUAAUAAGGCUGAUUUAACCCAUCGUGAAGUAGAACAACAAGAAAUAGAAGAUAUGUGUAAGGAACAUGAUUUUCUAGGUUGGACGGAAACUUCAGUUAGAGAGGGGUUAAUGAUAGAAGAAUCUAUGAGGUAA